AUCUUGAUAACGGGUUUUUUCGAAUACUGACUAUGGAAUAAGGUCGUCAUGUUGCACGCUAUGUGUAGAGCUACCCUGUUGAGGCACAGUACACUCUCGAGGGUGAUUCCCUUGCCUGUGUCUGCGUCUACGGCUUGUUCGUCUGGGCAAAGUCAUAUAUCGGCCUCGUCGAUAAGGGCUUCAUCGGAUAGCAACCACGACGAACACCCUCCCAAACAAGAACAUCCAACGACCGACCAAGCCUCACCAGACACCGCCGGACCAGCCAACAGCAACAGCAAAAGCAAGAGCAAGAGCGUCACCCAAGCGGACCAAGAACUCCGAGAACGCCUGGAGCAAAUGUCUGGCGAGGGGGGAGCCGCUGGUAUCGAGUACGAGGAUGGGAAACCAGCGUCUAUGAAACGGAGCGUUCGGAAUAAUAUGUUUCGCUAUAUUUGACCUACCAGAGGCAUUUAUUCAUUCAUCUUAGGAAAUGAGGUAGACUAGACUAGCUUAAUACAGCCGCUAAGAUGGAGCCGAUGAAACCAGCGAGGAAGGAACUUUCAAUUUCGAGACUCCGGUCCUAAGAUAAAUGAGGCCUUCUAUUGCCAAAAAUAAGGAAU